AAAAGAUACUCCACAGCACAUCACUCACACUCAAAUGGGAACCGAAUCCAACGCUAUCUCCGUCGCCGAUCCCGCCGGCGAUCAGCCGGAGACGAUGACGGAUCUGGCGAUGAAGAAGAAGGACCUGAAGGCAAUCGACGAUGAGUUGUCGGUGGAGAGGGCGUUCGAUAGCCAGCGAUUGCCGUCGUGGAAGGAGCAGUUGACUGUGCGAGCGAUGGUGGUGAGCUUCUUCCUCUCCGUGAUGUUCAGUGUGAUCGUGAUGAAGCUCAAUCUCACCACCGGAAUUAUCCCCUCCCUCAACGUCUCCGCCGGCCUCCUCGGCUUCUUCUUCCUCAAGACCUGGACAAAGAUUCUUCACAAAUCGGGGAUGCUGAAGCAGCCCUUCACUCGCCAGGAGAACACCGUCGUCCAGACCUGCGUCGUCGCCGCCUCCGGCAUCGCCUUCAGCGGUGGCUUUGGCAGCUACAUAUUCGGCAUGAGUGAGAGAGUUGCCAAUCAAACAACAGAACUGAACGAUCCACAAAAUGUGAAGAACCCACAGUUAGGAUGGAUGAUUGGGUUUCUCUUUCUUGUCAGUUUCAUUGGGCUCUUCUCCGUUGUCCCUCUCAGAAAGAUCAUGAUCAUAGACUACAAGUUGGUGUAUCCUAGUGGCACAGCUACUGCACUUCUAAUCAACAGUUUUCACACACCUGAAGGAGCCAAACUGGCAAAGAAACAAGUAAGAGCAUUGGGUAAAUGUUUUGUUGGUAGUUUCGUGUGGGGAUUUUUCCAAUGGUUCUACACUGCUGGCGAUAACUGUGGAUUUAUAUUUUUCCCUUCCUUGGGCCUUCAGGCUUUCAAAAACAGGUUUUACUUUGAUUUUUCUGCUACUUAUGUUGGAGUUGGAAUGAUUUGCCCAUACAUUGUCAAUGUAUCUGUCCUUCUUGGAGCAAUAUUAUCAUGGGGAAUAAUGUGGCCCCUGAUAGGUAACAAGAAGGGAAGCUGGUACGCUGCUGAUCUCUCUGAUACCAAUCUCCAUGGCUUACAAGGUUACAGGGUUUUCAUUGCUAUUGCCUUGAUUCUCGGUGAUGGUCUCUACAACUUCUUCAAAGUCCUGGGCCGAACUGUCUGUGCGAUCGUUUCUCAACUUCAAACAGGCUCCACAGCUGCACUUCCACUCUCGAGCAACAACAGCCCAAUGUCCUUUGACAACCAACGCAGGACUGAAAUGUUUCUCAAGGGCCAAAUCCCAAAGAAAGUUGCUGUUGGAGGAUACAUUGUUAUUGCUGCAAUCUCCACUGCCACCCUUCCGCACAUCUUUAAUCCACUCAAAUGGUACUAUAUUUUGGUUAUCUACAUUGUUGCACCAGUGCUAGCAUUUUGCAAUGCCUAUGGAACAGGCCUCACAGACUGGUCUCUAGCUUCUGCAUAUGGAAAGCUAGCCAUAUUCACCAUUGGAGCUUGGGCUGGUGCUUCUCAUGGUGGUGUUCUUGCAGGCCUUGCAGCUUGUGGUGUUAUGAUGAACAUUGUAUCCACUGCUUCAGACAUCAUGCAGGAUUUUAAGACAGGCUACCUCACCUUAUCAUCUCCAAGAUCAAUGUUUGUGAGUCAAAUUAUUGGCACAGCUAUGGGAUGUGUCAUCUCUCCAUGUGUCUUUUGGCUUUUCUACAAAGCUUUUGAUGACCUCGGCAUACCAGGGACUCAAUACCCUUCACCAUAUGGAAUUGUUUUCCGUAACAUGGCAAUACUUGGUGUUGAUGGAUUCAGUUCACUGCCGAAGAAUUGCCUCACUCUUUGCUACAUCUUCUUUGCUGCUGCUAUUCUGAUCAACUUUGUUCGAGAUAUCCUCCCAAAGAAGGUGGCUGGUUUUGUACCACUGCCAAUGGCAAUGGCGAUACCUUUCUUCCUCGGUGCAUACUUUGCAAUUGAUAUGUGCGUGGGGAGUUUGAUCUUGUUUAUUUGGAGUUUGAUCGACCGGGCCAAGGCCAAAGCUUUUGGCCCUGCUGUCGCCUCUGGUUUAAUAUGCGGCGACGGAAUGUGGGUUCUACCUCAAUCAAUACUUGCUUUAGCUGGAGUGAAUCCACCAAUCUGCAUGAAAUUUCUGUCAAGGAAAAUGAAUGAUCAGGUGGAUCAAUUCAUCAAUAAGCUAUCUUAAUUCCUUCUCAGAAUUCAAAGACUGAGCUUUCCAGAUGUGUAUAUGUUUUUCCUUGUAUUGUAUAUGCUUUGUAUUGAAAAAAUAUAUGCAUUGCUUUGCAGUAUAUUCUAUCUGAAAACAGUUUGUAGUUUUUUCAGUCUUGACAGCAAUGAUAUCAUAUAGAUUACCCCAA